AUGAUCAGUAUGGCCAUUCACAAGACUAUCUCCAUAUCCACCUUGGCCUGGUUUGCCAUUUGGUGUCAGAUCUCAUCCGCUGCCCCAAAUCUCCUGGAUACCCUACCUGCGAGUCUGCAGCUCUACAUUGGUGGGGAAUCCAAGGAAGUGAAGCUUUUCGCAUUUGAUACUGUUCAAAGCACGUUCACCAUGCAAAAGGCCACGGAUUCCCUGGGGUCCAACGCACUUUGGCUGGAUUUUGAUCGAUCUAACAAAUUUAUCCUCAGUACCUCGGCCGCCAAUUUCGAUAAAAAAGAGAAAACCGGUGGCAUCUUUUCCGCUGCGGUCGCCGCUGAUGGUACUCUUCAGCACGUCAAUGCAGUCCCUUCACCUGAAGCUCCAGUCUCUCUAGAAGUAAGCCCUGAUGGAAAACUUGUGAUGGUGGCCUCUUUCAAUGGUGCCAGCUUGACCUCAUAUAGGCUGGCCGCUGAUGGCAAACUUUCCCUGCCCGUACAAACUUUUGCUUUCACUGGUUCUGGCCCUAUCAAGUCACGGCAAGCCGCUGCCUCGGCCCAUCAAGUGAAGUUCGAUCCAUCCGGGACACUUCUUCUGGUCCCAGACUUGGGCUCGGACAGGAUCCGCUCAUUCUCUCUUGAUCGAGUUGGAAAUCUUAAAAGAAAUUCUGAUAUUGCAGUUAAAGAAGGAUGUGGGCCGCGACAUCUAACAUUUGCACCUCAAAGAAAGGGCGGUCCACUGAGGUUUUAUCUGAUUUGUGAACUCAGCAAUGAGAUCUUUCUGAUCGAAUUACCGGAUGCUAGAGCGAAAACAGCGGCCCGGAUACAAAACGUCACCACCCUUCCACAGGGAGCCAACCCGAAAACCUUCAAUGCAGCCGAGAUACUCCUCUCACCUGAUGGCAGGUUCAUAUAUGCGACCAACCGACAGAAAGAUCCGGCCGGACGAGUCGACGACAAUACGUUUGCGAUCUUUGCUCGAAACGAAAACACCGAUCUACUAACGCCCAUCGGGUUCUCACCUGCGGGAGGAAAGGGCCCUCGCCAUUGUGCUUUCAGCCCUGACAAGGCCGCAAGCUUUAUGGUCGUGACCAACGGGGAAAGCAAUUUGGUCACCGUCCAUAGACGAAACGUCACUUCAGGCGCUCUAGCCGAGGUCGCAUCGGUCCCAUUCGAGGCAGCAGCAGUUGCUUUGUUCAGAGUAGUCUAA